UGGAGUGGGGGUGGGGAGCACGGCGGAGAGUGGCGCCCGGACGGGCAGUGCCGAGUGCGCGAACCUAGGAGCGACCAUGCCCCGGGACAACAUGGCCUCCCUGAUCCAGCGGGUGGCUAAACAGGCCCGCAUUACCUUCCGGAGCCCGGCGCCGGAGCAGGGCUUCGGCGAGAACCUGCACCGGCUGCAGCAGCUGCUGAGCGAGGUGCGGGCCGAGGACCUUCACCUGGUCCCGCGGGGCCCGGCGGCCGUGCCGGGGGCGGGCUGCUCGCGGGCCGGGGCUGGGGCCGGGACGGUGCCGCCGGUGAGCUACAUGCACAUCUGCGAGACGGAGAGCUUCAGCAUGGGCGUGUUCCUGCUGCGGAGCGGGGCCUGCAUCCCGCUGCACGACCACCCGGGCAUGAACGGCAUGCUCAAGGUGCUCUACGGCAGCCUGCGCAUCGCCUGCCUGGACCCGCUGCCCCCCGCCGCGCCGCCCGGCGUCCGCCGCCGCGCCCUGCUCCGCUCGCGCCAGCUCUGCACGCCCGCCUCGCCGCCCUGCCUGCUCUCGCCGCACACCGACAACCUGCACCAGAUCGACGCCGUGGAUGGCCCGGCCGCCUUCCUCGACAUCCUGGCGCCCCCCUACGACCCCGAGAACGGCCGGGACUGCCACUACUACCGCCUGCUGGAGGCGCCCGCCGCCGAGCCUCACGCCCUGCCCCGCGAGGUGUGGCUGGUGGAGACCCCGCAGGCGGCUGAUUUCUGGUGUGGCGGAGAGCCCUACCCCGGGCCCAAGGUCUCCCCUUGAAGCCGGUGGAGGAGGGACCGUUUUCCCCCCUCCCUUCCCACCCACUACUUCUUCCCUGGCAGGGAUCGUAGGGGGCCCCUCCUCCUCCUCCUCCUCCUCCUCCUCUGGCAGGAGGUCGAAGAGCCGCCAGCAGAGGCACGGGAGGAUCUGCCUUGUGUCGUGGCUCACUUGAGGUGUCGCAGCGGCUAGGCUCGCUGUACAAAAGCCAUAGCCACGAUUCCCUUCCCAGCCGCCUUUGAAGUAAUGCUAGACACUACAACAGGUCCAGCUCUUAGUCCUCGGGUGUGGAAAGCCAUUCCCCAGCCUCCCUGGGGCAGUUGGAUGUGUUGGGAGAGUAUUUGUGUGCAUGUCUUGGGCUAUCAUUUUCUCAGUUCAGCUCAUCAGUUCCAACAACGAAGCAUCCAGCUGCUGGGGCCAUGGGCUGCACUCUUCUAGGGUACUGCUCUACCGAUGGAUAAUUGUAGUAGAAACAACUUUUUAUACACAGACAGUGCCCCAGAGGAGCUGAUUGCCACUGAACUAAGGGUGGAAAAAUCUUGUGUUUUCUGCCGAUGGUGCACACAAGAGAACAGUUUCUGGGGCAGAUUAUGGUACCGUUUCCCUGUCCAAAUCAUCAGAAAGACACCAGCCAAUUAACUCACACAGGAAACCCAAAUCAUGGUGGCUGAGCAUCUCGUAUUCCUGGCUAAAGAGAAUAGCACUAUCCAGCCAGAACUACCGCUGUUAAUGACAUAGACUGUAUUUGCAGGAAAGCUACAAAACUAAAACCUCUUUGUGCUUAUUGCCAAGCUUUUUGAGUGGAGAGCACUAAAGGAUCCAGGGGAUUUUUUUCUCCUUUUGACUGAUGUGAAGACAUGCAAAAGUAAUGCUGUUUAAACUUCCACACAACUGAAUGUUAAAGUAAAUAGCAGUAUUUUGUCUAACCACUUAGGACCACUGUUUAGUUUUUGACACCCCUCUUUCAUCUCCCUUCCUUCCUAAAGUUAAGAGAAUAAAUACAAUAAAACUUCACUCUUCUAUAAGGCAUGUUUGUAAGUACUCUGAAAACUCAUGAGGUGGUAUUUCCAGCCUGUCUAGUCCCACUAAUAGUGUCUCCUCAAAUGCAGCUUCCCUACUUUGUGGGUAGGAAUAGGGAGUUUAUCCCCACCACCCAAGGUAAUAAACAAAUGGGAAAUCUUCAGUGUUUGUUGGGGAUUGUCUCUGAAAUGAGCAUCAAGAAGAUCUAUAUGGAACUAGCAAGACAUUGAACAACUCUUGGCCAGGAAAUGCGCCUAGAAUUAACAGUAGCCAUUUCUAAGGUUACAGUUAAUUAUAAAUUAAGGUUUGUCACAUUAUAAAGGGAUGUUGUCAGAUAAACUACUUUAAAUAUUCUUUAAGUUACAUAAAACAUAAGAUUAAAACUGAAAACUUGUAAAAUUUGGUUUUUUUGUACAUUUCUUUGAUUAAUGAAAAUAGAACAGCUUCUAAUCAAUUUCACUUUAAAGUGCUCAUGCAGCCCUAUGUUAGGUGGAAACACUACACAGAAGCUUUUUUUAAAACUUCAUUGCUAUUUAAAUGUUUUGUGGGAAUUCUUCUAGUGGUCUUAGAGCUGUAUAUAAACACAAUCCUUUAAAUUUGGGGCCAGAUUUGACCUAAGGACGUCCCUUGAAAGUGAGGCCUACAUUUUGAUACAUAACAGAACAUUACAGGCUUUAUAAGCCUUGUGUUUUCCCUCUUUAUACUGUUUAUCAAAAUUGCUUUUUCAUGAUGCUUUUCAUAAACAUAGUGUAAAGAAAACAGUGAAUUUUGCUUUGCUACAGUGUAAGCAGUCCUAUGGUUUAGUUUGCCUAUGACAGAGAGUAUGAUCUUUCUAAUAAUGGAGAUACUUUUUCUGUUAGUGAAAUAUUCUGUUUAUACUGCAGGGAAAGAUUUUAUGUGCCUGCAUAUCUUACUACACACUUUCUACCAGAGACCCAAACUUGAGUAGCCUUGACUCUCCUGGUCUUGGAGCAAUGACUUGACUUAACCACUCCAUAAUUGAUACACGAACCUGUUCUGGAAGUUCUCCCUUGGCUAUUUUUUCUUUGCUUGUGCAUUUUAAAAGCAGAUUUGUUUUUCCUUUACAGUUGCUUUUGUGUGAGUUUUAAAAUAAUCCUUUUGUGGCUCUAUUUAACAAUACUUCAAGGAGCGUGUUCUUGCCUGCAAAAGAUUGGAUAUGAAAUGCACUGAAACACAUACUACAUUUUCAGAUCUCAGUUUUCUGAAAAACAAAUGAUGUUAUUUCAUGCAGUUUUCAUUUAUUUUUUGGCACUUCAAAGUGCCUGAUUUCUAAAGCUGCCAUACUUCUCCUGGAAUUCCACUGCAGCUCAGCUUUAAAUAAUAAAUAAGCAGUGAGAUCACAUGUUCUCUUAUAUUUAGUGGUAAUGCAGUUCUUCAGUAUAUUAUGAGUCUAAUUCUCUGUUCUGUAACACUAAUGAAGACCUUUUUUUUCAGAAUUCCUUAUGGAAUACAGCAUGUAGGGUGCAAGCUGCUCUACUGGAAAUACAAACUGUUCCAAAGAGAAUUUUUAUCUAACCAGUUUUAGUCUCUUGUCUUUCGGCUCUCUCGUUUUGCUGUCAGUUUUACACAAGAUGUAAAAACUAGUCAUAAUGUUUAGUGGGAUGUGACUUUAAUGCAUCUUUAAUGCUAGUGAUCUCUUACAUUGCAGGAUGUUCUGGCAACAAUCACAGCAGAAGCUUUAUUAAAGUGGAGCUAAAAGGACCAGUAUUAAAACAAGUCCUAGUCCUGUUGGUACCCAGGAAGAAACAAACAACUAAGAUGUAUUAAAGAAAAGACUUUGCAACCUUCAUAUACUUAGUAAUUAGAAUUUACUUCAAACGCUCUUACUAUCUUUAAACAGAAGGCUCAAGUCUGUAUUGCUGUUCUUUCUCACUGCAGCCUGGGUAUUGUGUUUUCAUAACAGCAAAAUUACUGCUGUUGAUGAUGAACUAUAGAAUAAAUACAGGAUAUCUCACA